UCGCGCAUCAUGAAUUGACAGGUGACUACGGUAUCCGUGAUCUCCGACACAACACAACAAAGUGAAGGCAAACAUGGCGAGCGCAGAGGAGGCACGAAGACGCCCCUCGGUCAGCUCCUCCUCGGUUGGCCUGGAGUCUCUGUUCCCGGCCGGGACGUCGGAGGCGUCCUGCGGAGACGGAGACCCGGAGCUCGUGCGGCUGCGGGAGCGACUGCAGGGCUGGCUGUCGCAGUACGAGCCGCUGUUGCUGUGGCUGCAGCGGCUGCUGGUGUGGGAGAGGCCGCUGUGGAGCGUCUCGGUGGCGCUGACUCUCAACACGCUCUUCUGGCUGCUGUCGUCCACUUCUCUGCGCCCUCUGUUCCUGCUCAGCGUCUCCCUGCUGGGACUGAUGUUGCUGGAGAGAUGGAAGCCUCAGCUGCCUGUAAUUCAUGUGCAACAUGUUGAGACUUCCAGGAUUCAAAGUGAGCCAAUGAGCAGAGAGCAGCGGCUGCUCAGCGUUCCGGAGCUCAGCCACCACCUGGCUGAAAGCUACCUGACCUGCCGUCUUUACCUCCAGGACAUGUUGCUGUACAAAAGGCAGAAUCAUGGAAAGUUCUGUGCGAUGAUGUGCAGCGGGUGUUUGGUGCUGGCGCUCGUGGGACAUUAUGUUCCUGGAAUUAUGAUUUCGUACAUCAUAGUUCUGAGUGUUCUUCUGUGGCCACUGGUGGUGUACCAUGAACUGAUCCAGAGGAUGUACACCGGCCUGGAACCCAUCUUCAUGAAACUGGACUACAGCAUGAAGGGGGACACAGAGCAUCGCAAGCAUGACAAGAGGAAGGUGAAGAAGGAGGUGGAGGAGGGCGACGAACCAAGAGCAGAGACGGAGAGCGAGAGCGAGGAGGAGCUGUCGUGUUUUGCACCAACGGUGGAUGUGAAGACCACAGCUCUGGCCAUGGCCAUCACAGACUCUGAGCUGUCAGAUGAGGAGGCAUCCAUUCUGGAGAGCGGAGGCUUCUCCGUGUCACGAGCGACCACACCGCAGCUCACCGACGUCUCUGAAGACUUGGACCAGCAGAGUCUCCACAGUGACCCAGAAGAGGCGUACCUGCGGGAUCUACCAGAGUUUCCUUCGGUUGAGGAAUUCCCAUCCUUGGAACAUAACCUGCUUCACUUUCCCCUGCGCAUCUCCUCUCAGGGAGAAGGAGCCCAGAGCAGUGCUUCGUCAGAGGAGGAACCACUGAGCCCAGCUAGUCUCCUCCUGCAGCACCUGGCGUCGCCACUUCACUUUGUAAAUACGCACUUCAAUGGACAUGGAAGACCGCCUGGCGGUGAGGAGGGCUUGUUGCCCGGACCAUCAGCUGGCCAGGAAGCCGGGAGUCAAGAGGGAGAGAAGGUAGCUGGGGUAUCCCAGGGAGCACAGCGCUCACUAGAGGCUUUGAGUGAGGAGAUCGUGAGCACCGCUAUCUCCACUGUGGUGCAGAACACUCUUUCAGCCCUGUUGCACUCCAGUGAGGCCAGUGAGGAGCCCACCCUGGCUGAGUUCCUACCCACUGAAACCCCUCCAUGCGCUCUGGAGACCCUCACCCCACCAAACCUCACCACAGCUGACCUCGUAUCAGGCUCCGAGGAUACUGAGACAACCACUACAGAAUUCAACGCCGCUGAAGAGAUGCCAGACGACACACUCAUCCCAACAGAAGAAGAAGACUUUGAGCUUCUGGACCAAAGUGAACUGGAGCAGAUUGACGAGCUGGACUUGAGCUCUGACAGACAGCAGGUGGAAGGAGCCUCCGGAGCGCCAGACAGCCCUGGGCAUCAAUCGCAGUCGUAGCUCCUUAGCAUGGAGCCCUGUUUUAUUUUUAUUUGUACAAUAGAAACACACGACUAUACGGUUCAAACUGCGAAAUAGAAAUAUAUACAAUGCAUUUAUUCAAGAGCUUGGAGUCUAAUACUGUUGGCUGUUGAGAUGAUACUGUUCUACGCUUUCAUUAGCAGUUUAAUACGGUUUGGCCUGAUAUUGGCUAUUUAAAACAUUUUCUUUCCUCAGAACCCUCUCAAAUUUAGUCAAUAGACAAAAGAAUAAUAUUCCCCCCCACACCUUUCCCAUCUGACACACGUCUGUUCAUUCUUGUGAAGAAUCACGUGAAGUGUCUACUGUAGUGAAACCAGUUGUCCUAGCCGUGAAGACCUUUACCUGGGUAACUCGCGUACCUCACUUUUCUGGUCAGGAAUAUGAAAGGCGGCAUGAAGGAAUUCUCAAAUAUGCUUUCAAGUGUUUAAGAUUCGAAAAAAGAAAUCAAUAUUAAACUUUUCUGUUUGUACAAGCAAAUACUGCUUCAUUUUCACAUGACUUUCAGAAUAUUUUGAAUGCAGUUAGAAAAUGUCACUUAAACAGAAACAUUCAUGUCAGAUAACCAUGAAGCAUUAUUUCAAGGAGUGCUCACAAAAUUCUGUUAAACUGCAGCCUCAGCUUCAAGGUGAAAUUCUAAUCAGAAUUUGCUGCCAGGCGGGUUAAUGCGUCUCUGGCAAGCGUCCAUGUUGUCACCUCCUGUGGAUACAGGGAAACCGACUGGAACGUCAGCGAGUACAGAACCUUUAGACAGGUCUGCACGCCUAUUUAUUAGUGUGAUAUUUUAUGUUGGGGGAGGGUCACGCUCCUUGGGACAUUUACGUGUUGUUUUCUUCUUUCUGAAAGCAUGUGCGAUCACCAACAACCCAAUUUGCUAUGUAAACAGACCCAUAUGAGAUGUAUUUUUAUAGUUGUCCGAUUCUAGUGUUGGAUAAAUAUUACCACUAAUAUAUUGAUAUUAUAUUGAACCCUUUCUUGUUUUCAUUUUCCCACCACAUGAUUGUAUGUCUCUGUUCUUGUCACUUGUUGCCUGGAAACUGAAAUCUUUGAUUGUUGGAUGUUGAAACAUCUUCACCUCUACGCACAAGUGACUUUGAAGUGUGACGUCAUUUGUGAGCCUGACUUCUCUCCACGCAGAUAAGGUUGUUCAUAAUUUCAUCAUCAGCUGGCAGAGGACAAAACCAAUGUACCUGCAGACCAAUUUAAUUUGUUCACUUGCUGCCAAGUUCAUUAUUAUCUGACUGCUUCCGUUGGAAGAAAUAGUCCACAAUAUCCAGCUAAAAAGAGAUUGGCUUCUAUGAUCCAUCCAUAGCUCAGGGGCGGGGUGUACAAACUGAACAUGACAUCACAGGAGGUGUUCAUUUUCCGACGUAGUAGUGCGCUGUGUUUGUACUUACUCUUCUAUUCUCGACCUGUGUGUGUGUGUGUGUGUGUGUGUAUAGUGUAUAAAAAGAAUGUGUAUAUUCUGCAUGUAUAAAAGCACUCAGCUCAAGUUGCCUGGCGUACAAUUUGGAAGGAUGGUUACAUCAGCUUCAGGAAAGUAUUUUAUGAUACUUAUGCGCUCAAAAAUAUGGCUUAAAUUAUUCAAAGGGCACUUGACCUGUACAAUUAAAAAAGAAAGAAAAUAUAUUUUCUAUUUUUUCUUUUUUUUCCAUAAAGCACUCAGUUUGCUCUUUCCAAAAAGGGAGAGUUUUGCAGAAAAGACAUGGAUUUAUUGUCAUUUAACUGGUCAAACAUCAAACAAACGGCACAUGUGAAAGAAUAAAAGAACAAACUGAAACCAUUAAA